CAUAUUCCUCGUGUUGUGACCGAGCCAAAGACUAAGUUGCACAGUUAUGCAGAGCUCUGGAGUGUUUGCGUCUCGGUUUGCUUCUCGGCAAUCGAGAAGCAUUGUCGCCAUUUUCCUGUUGAUCAUAACCAUCACGAAAGGUGAGUUAUCGGAAACCGAAUCUUUCUUAGGUUUCAUUAGAGCAGUCGACCCCGAAAAUGCCACCGGAUUUGCCCGGGCCGUGCCCUUUCCGUAUCCUUGCUCAGCCAAUUUGAAAGGCGUGAGUUGCGACUUGGAAGAUGGCAGGAUCACCGAAAUUAGGCUUCAACAUUUGAGUCUCAAAGGGACAAUAGACGCAAAGCCUUUAUGCGAAUUGCCAAACUUGCGAUACCUAAGCUUAGCUAAUAAUCUCAUACGUGGUAAUAUUCCGGCUUCGAUCGAAAACUGCACUGGUCUGAUCACUUUAAAUCUGAGCAGCAACCUUCUGAGUGGAAGAGUACCAGCUGCUCUCAGAAAGCUGAAACUCCUUAGCACAGUCGACAUAUCCAACAAUUCCCUUUCAGUGACUGCACCAAACAGGCCAAAGUUCAUCCCUACUGAGAAAAAACGUUUGGAUUCGCAUCAUAAACAGAUCUAUGUUGCUAGACAUUUCCUUGAAUCGAGGAAAUUAUCCAAUGCUGAGAGCCCAGAAUCCGGUGGUCAUGAUACUCCAUGGUACCACCGGUGGGGACAGUGCUUGCCGUUGGUAUUCGGCGUCGGGUUUUUCUUCCUGCUAACAUGGUUUGUUGGUAAGAAGGCGGCGAAAUUAGCUGAAGAGAAGGCGAUCCUGAAGGCGCUAAGCACCUCCCCUCUCAAAGUUCUCACACCGAAUCCGCUGAUCGAAGAAAUCAAGCCCGAGGAAGGACGAUCGGAGCUCGUCUUCUUCGUCGAGGAGCAUGAAGCAUUUAAGCUCGACGACCUCCUCGAGGCGGCGGCGGACCUCCAGAGCCAGAGGUUCCGCAGCAGCCUCUACAAGGUUGUGCUGAAGAACAACAUCGCUUAUGCUGUCAAGAGAUUGAAGAAGCUGCGGGUGUCAUUCGAGGAGUUUGGCAACACGCUGAGGCAAGUUGGGAACAUGAAGCAUCCCAAUAUUCUUCCUCUAGUUGGGUUCAACUCAACCAACGAAGACAAGCUUCUGAUAUACAAAUAUCAGAGUAAUGGCAGCUUGCUCAAUCUAUGUGAAGAUUACAUCGCGGGUAAGAGGGAUUUUCCAUGGAAACUACGCCUCUACAUAGCCGGUGGAAUCGCGAGAGGGUUGGGUUUCAUAUAUGAGAGGACUAAGGAGAGGGAGAUCAUUCCUCAUGGUAAUCUCAAGCUCUCAAACAUUUUGUUAGGCGACUCCAUGGAGGCACUCAUAAGCGAAUACGGGGUUUCGAAGUUCAUCGACCCCAAGGUAGCCUGUGUCCUUGGGUCUAAUGGCUACAUGGCGCCCGAAAAAUGCUUCUCGGAGCAGGCAGAUGUAUAUAGCCUCGGUGUGAUUAUGCUUGAAUUACUAACCGGCAAGUUGGUCAAGAAAACCGGAGUAAACCUUCCAAAGUGGGUCAAGUCCAUGGUUAGAGAGGAAUGGACUGGGGAAGUCUUCGAUAAGGAGGUCAGCAAAGCCGCGAAGCAAUGGGCUUUUCCAUUGCUGAACAUUUCUCUGAAGUGCGUGGCCGACGCUCCUGACAAGAGACCAUCUAUCACAGAAGUUAUGGAGAAGAUAGAGGAGGUGAUAAAAGCGGAUCAAAAUCAUCUGGUCUCGGAUUCGCCAAUGCGCUGCGCCGAGUCUAACUAUCAAGAUUGCUGUUUCCUACAUUCUGUCAUACCUGAGACCUGGGAUACCCCGGGAUCGAAUUACUGAAUUGAUCUCACCGCUCCACACCAUUUUCGCGCGCUGUUUUCAUCAGAUUCACAGGAAGAGGCAUGUCAUCAUGCAGAAAAGCAUUUCCCCAUGCCCACGCAUCUCUUGCUAGUUAAGUCUAAGCAAUAC